UGCAGCCUCCGGCGACCGGGGGGGAUGUGAGGCCGGAGCCCCGGCCCCCCACCCCACCAUGAGCCCCCCGCUCUGAGGGCCCCGGCCCCUUGGAUGCACAGCCCCGGCGCUGAUGGGACCCAAGUGAGCCCGGGUGCCCUCUGCCCCAGUUCUCCUGGCACAGGCUGCCCCACACUCUGUGAAGACACGCCGGGACCUCAGCCCCAGCCCAUGGACCUGCGAGUGGGCCAGCGGCCCACCUUGGAGCCCCCACCCGAGCCCGCGCUGCUGAGCCUGCAGCGCCCCCAGCGCCUGCACCGCCACCUCUUCCUAGCAGGCCUGCAGCAGCAGCAGCAGCAGCAGCGCUCGGCUGAGUCCAUGAGGCCCUGCCCACAGCUCUCAAUGGACCCACCAAUGCCCGACCUGCAAGGGGGCCGGCAAGAGCAGGAGCUGCAGCGACUACUCAACAAGGACAAGAGCAAGCAAAGUGCUGUAGCCAGCAGUGUGGUCAAGCAGAAGCUGGCUGAGGUGAUCCUGAAGAAGCAGCAGGCAGCUCUGAAGAGAACAGUGCAUCCCAGUAGCCCCAGCAUUCCAUGCAGAACUCUCAAUCCCUUGGACACGGAGGAAGCUGCCCGCUCCAUGCUCAACAGCUUUCUGCUUCCUGUGCCCAAUCUGCCCACUGACCCCCCUGAGCACUUCCCCUUGCGUAAAACAGUGUCUGAGCCCAACCUGAAGCUACGUUACAAGCCCAAGAAGACCCUGGAGCGUCGCAAGAAUCCCCUGCUCCGAAAGGAGAGUGCCCCACCCAGCCUCCGGAGGCGACCAGAGACCUUUGGAGACUCCUCCCCCAGUAGUAGCAGCACACCUGCCUCAGGGUGCAGCUCCCCCAACGACAGCGAGCAUGGCCCCAACCCUGUCCCAGGCUCAGAGCAGGUGCUCUUGGGCCAGCGGUUGCGGCUUCAGGAGACUUCUCUGGCCCCAUUCGCCUUGCCAACAGUGUCCUUGCUGCCUGCUAUCACGUUGGGGCUGCCCGCCCCUUCCAGGGCUGAUGGUGACCGCAGGACACAUUCGACUCUGGGUCCUCAGGGUCCAGUCUUGGGAAGCCCCCAUGCACCCCUCUUCCUACACCGUGGUCUUGAGCCCGAGGCUGGGGGUACCUUGCCCUCUCGCCUGCAGCCCAUUUUCCUCCUGGAUCCUUCCGUCUCUCAUGCCUCCCUAUUAACUGUGCCCAGGCUUGAGCCCCUGCCCUUCCACUUUGCCCAGUCCUUACUGACCACCAAGCGGCUUUCUGAGUCAGGCCACCACUGGCCGCUGAGCUGGACCUGCUCAGAGCCUCUGCCCCCCAGCACCACUGCCCCUUCCCUGUUGGGUUCCCUGCAGCCAUGCCAGGAGCAGCUCAAAUCUCACGUGCAGCUGAUCGAGCCAGCCAUCUCCCCUCCCCAGAGGCCAGCCAAGACAAGUGAGAAGCCUCAGCUGCGGCAGAUCCCAUUGGCUGAGAACCUAGAGACAGACAGUGGGAGAGUGGGGCCGUUGCUGGAUAACAGCCCGGAACACCGGGAGUUGAGCCAUGGGCAUCCUGAGGGCAGGGGCCAUGUUCCUCUACAGCAGCACCAGAAGAUGUUGCUCUGGGAGCAGCAGCGACUAGUCAAGCAACUUCCCCAGAGAAGCACUCGGGACUCGGUGCUUCCUCUGACCCAGGGCGGACACCGGCCCCUGUGCAGAGCCCAGUCUUCCCCAGCUGCACCCACUUCCCUGCCGACCUCAGAGCCCACCUGCCAGGCUCAAGACCCCGCCCGCUCCGAGACCCCCUUCACCACAGGCCUGGUCUAUGACUCCGUGAUGCUAAAGCACCAGUGCUCCUGUGGGGACAACAGCUGGCACCCCGAGCACGCGGGCCGCAUCCAGAGCAUCUGGUCCCGGCUGCAGGAGCGGGGCCUCAGGAGCCAGUGCGAGUGUCUCCGAGGCCGAAAGGCCUCCUUAGAGGAGCUGCAGCUGGUUCACUCCGAGCAGCAUGUGCUCCUCUAUGGCACCAACCCGCUUGGCCGCCUCAAGCUGGACAAUGGGAAGCUGACAGGACUCCUGAAACAGCGUGUGUUUGUGAUGCUGCCCUGUGGUGGGGUUGGGGUGGAUACUGACACCAUCUGGAAUGAGCUGCAUUCCUCCAAUGCAGCCCGCUGGGCCGCAGGCAGCGUCACAGAACUCGCCUUCAAAGUGGCAUCUGGAGAGCUGAAGAAUGGUUUUGCUGUGGUGCGGCCCCCAGGACACCAUGCAGAUCAUUCCACGGCCAUGGGCUUCUGCUUCUUCAAUUCAGUGGCCAUCGCCUGCCGGCAGCUGCAACAGCAGGGCAAAGCCAGCAAGAUUCUCAUUGUUGACUGGGACGUUCACCAUGGCAAUGGCACCCAGCAAACCUUCUAUAAAGAUCCCAGUGUGCUGUACAUCUCCCUCCAUCGCCAUGACGACGGCAACUUUUUCCCAGGCAGCGGGGCUGUGGAUGAGGUGGGGGCUGGCAGUGGUGAGGGUUUCAACAUCAAUGUCGCCUGGGCUGGAGGCCUGGACCCCCCCAUGGGGGAUCCUGAGUACCUGGCUGCUUUCAGGAUAGUGGUGAUGCCCAUCGCCCAAGAGUUCUCUCCAGAUCUGGUCCUGGUGUCUGCUGGGUUUGAUGCUGCCGAGGGUCACCCAGCCCCACUGGGUGGUUACCAUGUCUCUGCCAAAUGUUUUGGGUACAUGACUCAGCAGCUAAUGAACUUGGCAGGAGGUGCAGUGGUGUUAGCCUUGGAGGGGGGCCAUGAUCUCACAGCCAUCUGUGAUGCCUCUGAGGCCUGUGUGGCUGCUCUUCUGGGCAACAAGGUGGAUCCCCUUUCAGAAGAAGGCUGGAAACAGAAGCCCAACCUCAACGCCAUCCGCUCCCUGGAAGCCGUGAUCCGCGUGCACAGUAAAUACUGGGGCUGCAUGAAGCACUUGGCCUCCUCUCCAGACUCUUGGUUGCCCAGGGUGCCAGGAACUAAUGCAGAAGUGGAGGCUGUGACUGCACUGGCAUCCCUUUCCGUGGGCAUCCUGGCUGAAGACAGGCCCUCCGAGCAGCUGGUGGAAGAGGAGGAACCUAUGACUCUCUAGGGCUUCGGGAUGGGCCACCUGCCUUCCGGACACAGCUUUCCUCACAUCUGCCACCAGCUCUGUUCCCAGUUCUUCAGAGACCCUGUGGGCAGGUAGUCCAGGUCAAAGCCCAGCCUGCCUUGAAAGCCACCCCAGGGAGCUUGACAGAAAGCCCCUGGGUCUGAGAUGGGGAUCAGAGGGGAGCCUGGGAGGGAGACAGGCUGGGCACCAGGGCCCAUUAGGCUCUGUUCAGAACAAAUUGUAGCCCUCCCAUGUCUAGGCCCCUAGCUGUGGCCUCCAUCCCUCAGGACUGCACAGAGGAGGACUGGCUCAGGCAGGCCUACCCUUAACCACUAUUCUUGGCUCGGCAGACCCCAGACUUUGCACACCGCCCCAGGCUCCAUGCAGAAAUGUGAACUUGGCCUCAGCCAGGAUGGCCCUUCCUGAGUUCUGAAGGGCUGGAGGAGCUGGGGGAGCCAGGGGGUCCCCUAUGCCCAAGUGCAGGUAGUCUCCUUCUCACUUCUUUCCUUGGAUGCCGCUGGAGGCUUCUCCACACCUCUGGGCCCUGAGAGCCGCUCUGAGCUGCUCUCCCCGUGGGCAGUCCCUUGCAAACUUCUCAUCUAUCUGGUCGCCGCCCUGCCAGAAGUCGCCCCUUGUGGACCAUCUCAGUGCCCUGGUGCAGGAGACAGGUGCUUGCCAAGUCCCGUGCUUCCUGACCUAAUGGUGCCAAACCUUCAUCUCCCCUCAGAAGCACAGCACAACCCCAGGGAUGCCUCGCCACUGCCCCUCCAUGAGCCUUCUGUUCGUGGGGUCUCCUUCACCCCAGCUUUGACUCCUACCCCACAUAGGGACUAGCUUUAGCUGAGGGGAAAGAGGUGGGAGAGUAAACUGCGGUGGGGAGGGGAAGCCACCCCAGCAGUCUUCAAGGCUUUUGAGGUCCAGGCCUGGGGCCAAAAGUGUGUAAGUGAGCGUGUGUGUGUGUGUGUGUGUGUGUGUGUGUGUGUGCGCGUGUGUAUGUGUGUCUUCCCAAGACCCAUCAUACCUUGUGUAUGUAUGCAUGUUUUUGUAAAAAAGAAAAAAAAUGGAGAAAA